AUGGAAGAGAUGAGACUUGAAAGAGGAAGAGAUACGUGCCGCUGGUUGGGGAGAAGACUGAAUUGGGUUAGUGUCGGCACAACAAUUGAAGUGGUCCACAUGACUUGCCGACAACACUGGACAAUUUCUCUUGCCCUUGCACUUCCUCAAAUCUGCUUGAUCUUCUGUUUCAUUCAAUGUAUCUUCACUAUAUACCAGAUUGUUCCAAUGUCAUCAAGUGAUGGUGCAAUGUCAUUCCCGCGCAAGUCCCCGCGCGUCAAAGACGCGACUAGCCUCCACCAGUGCCCCCACUGUGACCGGGCCUACGAGAGGCCCGAUCAUUUGGCACGCCAUUUAGACUCUCAUCGAAAUGAGCGGACCUUUCAGUGCCCAACCUGCCACCGCGGGUUCAAUCGUAGGGAUGUAUUACAACGGCAUAGGUUGAUCCAUACAGACGGCAAACUCAUCACCAAGCACAAAGGCCGAGUAUUAGAAGCCUGCGAGGAGUGCGCAGUUGCCAAGGUGAGCUGCGACAACAGCAGGCCUUGCAAUAGAUGCCAACGGAAAAACGUCUCGUGUAUUCCAAGAAAGUUUCGUCGACAGUCGACCAAGUCCAUAACCACCCCCGCAUCAGAUGCCAACGCACCGCAACGGCAACCGGGGGACGGGUUUAUUGAGGAGAUCAGCGCUCUACCAUCAGUGGAGAACACAGAGGCUGGACUUGAUUCUUACCAAACACCAGUGGGCUCGGGGAAUAGUGACAACACGAAUGGUAUUUUCGGUCCAACGGAGUCUCCAGUCCCACCCUUCUCAGAUCGCAUCUCGAGCCAUUAUAUACCCAGAAACUCCCUCGAGACGUACGAGGUGAACGAGUUCCCAGCUUUCUUCGAGCACGUCAUGAUGCCAUCGAAUCCCUUUCCUUCGGAUGUCGUUUCCGACGUGCAGCACCCAAGAGGUGUGUUUGAUUUCAUGUGUGAGCCGGAAUUCACGAGUCCGAAUGCUGGUUUAUUCGGCUCGGAUAUAUUGAUGGACUUGGACAAGAUACUGGAGUUCAAUCCUUCCCCUGCGGCAACGAAUGUCAACUCGGAAUUCUCAAAUGAAGACCAAAGUACGAAGCAGCGGGUAGCUGCUUUUCGAAAGUCUCUAUGGCUUUGGGUACCCCAAAAGAAUCAGAAUGGGUUUAGCGAAGAAGCACACAUACCACUUCGCGAUGGAGACAUGACCGCAACGAUCUCAUCUUUGCAUAGGUCUCGCCUCGAAGCACUAAAUAUCCGUGGGAAGUUGACCAACCAAUUACGCGACCAUAUUUUUCAACUAAUUUUGAGGACCGCUGGUACACGCCUCUCUGUGCCCUCGUUUCCGACCGCAGAGUCUCUUGACGCGCUUAUCAAAAUUGGCAUCUCCAAGAGAACAGAAACGGAUGCAUGGAUCCAUCCCUAUACAUUGUACCUCCAGGAUUCAAGACCUGAGCUCCUGACAGCCUUAGUUGCGGCAGGAUGUGUGUGCUCUGCUAUACCCUCCAUCAGUAAGACCGGCGUCCUGCUGCUAGAGAUUGUUCGGGUUAGCCUUGCACAACUUGUCGAAUCUGACAACAGUGUUCUCCGAGAUCUACAAUAUUUCCAAGCCUCCAUGAUGUGGCUCGAUAUUGGAGUAUUCUGCGGUUACAAACGGAAGAUGCAAAUCGCAGAGAGCCAUCUGCAGCCAUUGUGCACUGCUUUGCGCAGAGCCGGGGCGUUUGACCGCUCAUUUUAUUCCCAACCCACUUUUCUUCAGAAGCUUCACAAUGGAGAGUCGUUAGACAAUGUCUGGUAUGAAUGGAUUCGACAAGAGUCACUGAAACGAUUAGCCUAUCAUCUAUUCGAGCAUGAUGUAGAAGCCGCUACUGCCAUGAAUCGACCUCCCCUUACCAGCUACACGGAAUAUACUUUGCCAUUUCCAAGCGCUCGCGACUUAUGGCUAGCGCCAACAGCGGAGGACUGGAAACAAUUGUGGGAGACAAAGCAUUCGUAUGAAGCCCCUUUGGGUCUGUCUCUCCGAGAAGCACUUGCCGAUCCGUCAGUUCUCAAACAUCUUCCAUCCAAUGUGGACGAAGGAGUGGUCAACUCGGCACUCUUACAUGGUCUCAUGAGUCAAGUUUGGGAGUUCCGUCAACAAGCGCUACUCUUGGAUAGCAGUCCUUCUACGACCCGUGCGGUCACUCGACUCUGGCUACAAAGCAGACAGGAAGACCUGUUGAGUUCUAUCGAUGCAGCGAAGCAGGACAUGACAGGCGCCCCGGCAAUCGCGACCGUGCUUAGCGAGUUUUCCAAGAUGUAUCUACAUAUCAACUUCGAUUCGAUCCAGCGCUUUGCCGGCCAGUUCGGAGAAUCAGAAGCCCGCCAGGAGUAUCCGCGACUCCGGGAUUGGAGCUUGACAAAAGAGGCUCGCGUUGCUAUAUGGCACGCUGGGCAGGUCCUUCGUGCUGGGCGGCGGGUGCCCCCGUUCCAACUGCGUGGGUUUGAUGGUCUAGCCAUCUACCAUGCCAUCCUGGCGCUUUGGGUCUUUGGGCUACUCCGGUGCGGUGAGAGACAGCGCGAAGAUCUUGUUAGUCCGCCUAGUGGUCACCAAGAGCUGCUGAUAACCCUUGACGGCCCUGAAACGGAACUGACGAAAUCCUUUAUCAAUCGGGAUAUUGGCCAGCCGGGGCUGACUUUCGAAGAUACCGCGCCCGAUGGAAACAAGGAGUCGAUAUUCUAUCCGCUUCGCAGCCCUCGCUUGGUGAUGGAUGUAGGGCGACAGGUCCUCGAUAGCAACUUUCCCGAAGUGACGGAUAACUUUCCUCCGCUGGUCGAUAACCUGCGUAACCUGAUACGCGAUCUGGGAAACUUACCAUAG